AUGGCCUCUGAAGACGAUCGCCCCAGUGAUUCGCCCCGGAAUAAGCGUCGCAAAACGAGCGGCGACUCUUCCCCUCCUUACGCGCCGCAACGCGACGCCGAAGACAAUGACGGAUCGCCUAGACAGUCUCGCCAACUAUCGAUACGAGACAAUCGCCGCAAUAGCAGGACUAUCAGCCCAAGUCCUGGCGAAGAUGGUGCUGGACACAAAUAUUACGAAAGUCGUCGUACAUCACGAUCGAGGUCACGGUCGAGGUCACGGUCCCUCUCUAGUAUAGACUCCCGUAGACACUCGCGCUCGCGAUCCCGAGUAACAACACGAUCGCAUUCACCCCGCUCUUCACGCUCACGCUCACGCUCGCAACUAUCCUUUCGUCGCUCCCGAACAGACUCCCUCUCCGCGCGGGGAGCUGAACCAACUCCUCCUCCAGAACCUUUCAAGCCCAACUAUCGUGCCCGCCUUGCUCUUCAUGGUCACAACAAGGCCGUCUCUCAGGUCCGAAUAUCACCUAAUGGAAAAUUCAUCGCAUCUGCAUCGGCAGAUGCUACUGUCAAGAUAUGGGACGCCACAACAGGCGAACACAUGGAUACACUAGUUGGGCAUAUGGCAGGCGUGAGCUGUAUUGCUUGGACACCGGAUAGCAACACCAUCGCAAGUGGUUCAUACGACGAAGCUGUGUUUCUGUGGGACGUACGAGCGGGCAGGCUGAUGCGAAGUUUACCUGCGCAUAGUGAUCCCGUCAGUGGGGUUGACUUUUCUCGAGAUGGCACGCUGGUCGUCAGUUGCUCGACAGAUGGUUUGAUUCGUAUUUGGGAUACAUCGACAGGCCAGUGCUUACGCACACUUGUUCAUGAAGACAAUCCGGCUGUCGCCAACGUUUGCUUCUCCCCUAACGGGCGCUUCGUCCUAGCUUUCAACCUCGACAACUGCAUUCGCCUAUGGGAUUAUGUUUCUGGUACCGUCAAAAAGACAUAUCAAGGCCACCGCAACGAGAAGUUCGCUGUCGGUGGCUGUUUCGGAGUUCUGGACGGGGCUCCUUUCAUCGCAUCUGCUAGCGAGGAUGGCAGCAUCGUCGUGUGGGACGUAGGAUCAAAGACGGUCUUACAAAGAGUGGAGGGUCACAAGGGCGUGUGCUUCUGGGUGGAUGUCCAUGGAGAGACGAUGGUGACCGGAGGGCAGGAUAACACAGUCAAGGUUUAUCGACACAUCAGAGAUAACAAUAAGGUGAACGGUGAUACUGGGGAAAAGGAUAAGGAGUCACAAGCGGAGGGAUUACCAGCGCUAGAAGACGUGGCUAUGGAAGGGAUAUGA